GCGGCGGCGGCGGUCAGGUGGGGGGGGAAGCAGGGACAAUGGCCGCCAAUUUCGACGCCGAGGACCGGAGCAGUUGGUACCUGGGCCGGCUGAGGCGGGACGAGGCGGUGAGCCUGCUGCAGGGCCAGCGGCACGGGACCUUCCUGGUGCGGGACAGCACCACCAUGCCGGGGGACUACGUGCUGAGCGUGAGCGAGAACUCCAAGGUGUCGCACUACAUCAUCAACAGCCGGCAGCCGGGCCGCUUCCGGAUCGGCGACCAGGAGUUCGAGCACCUGGCCGGCCUGCUGGAGUUCUACAAGAUCCACUACCUGGACACCACCACCCUGAUCGAGCCGGUGGCCUCCCGGGCCGGCGGCUCGCUGGCGCGGGCCGAGGAGGCCGCCUUCGUCCGCGCCCUCUUCGACUUCGUCGGCAACGACGAGGAGGACCUGCCCUUCAGGAAGGGGGACGUGCUGCGCAUCCUGGACAAGCCCGAGGACCAGUGGUGGAACGCGGAGAACGGCGACGGCCGGCGGGGCAUGAUCCCCGUGCCCUACGUGGAGAAGUGCCGGCCCAACUCGGUCAGCCCGGCCGCCCUCCAGCACCCGGCCGCCGCCGCCGCCGCCGGCCCCGGCCAGGAACACGCCUCGGGCCCCGGGCCGCACCCGCCCCAGGCCGGCCCGCAGGAGCCCGGCCCCUACGCGCAGCCCAGCGUCACGCCGCUGCCCAACCUGCAGAACGGGCCCGUCUUCGCCAGGGCGGUCCAGAAGCGGGUCCCCAAUGCCUACGACAAGACGGCCUUGGCCUUGGAGGUAGGUGACCUGGUACAAGUAACAAAGAUCAACGUGAGUGGUCAGUGGGAAGGAGAGUGCAACAGCAAGCGGGGUCAUUUCCCUUUCACCCACGUUCGGCUCCUGGACCAACAGAACCCCGAGGAGGACAUGAGCUGAGUGCGUUUGUUUUUAAAAACAGAAGAAAAUAGUGAUUUGAAUUAUGGAUGGGAGCAAGCUUUCCUUGGCUGUUUAUUUCCCCAAACUGACCCAUUGAUGUUUACACUAGCCCUGUAAGAUCAUUUUUGACUCAUCAAAAGAAAGCCCUCUUUGUGUCUGCAGUGUAUGGAUUGGAGAGGAGGAUAUUGAUGACGUGUGGUGUUCAGUGCUGCCGCUGAUCUCUAAAUCAACCUUUAGCUUGUGUGUCGAACACGAUGCGCACCUCGUGUGUGCAGCCUUGUCUAUCAGUUUUUUUUUCCUUCCAGUGUCAUCAUUGAAAAUGUUGCCUCGUUACCUAAGUUGACAACCACGCCAGCAUUCUGAUUGGUUAAGCUGUGCCUACUAGAACGUGUAUGUGUAUUUAAAAAGUGAACGGGUUUAAUCCAUCACACUCCUCAUUACACACACGUACACAAACUUGGCAGGUCUCAGUUGUAACUACUAAACACUACUGAAUGGGGGAACAUUUGCUACCGGUUUGGGCCCAAAUUGACCUGAUUGCAGGUGCUUUAAUAAGCUUAAUACUGUACUUUCAAUGGCCUCAGUGAAUCAUAUUUAGCAAUCAGGAGAAUUUUUUUAAUUGUAAUCUUUAGAGACAAUUUAAUUUUGUGUAUGGGCUGACAUGGUAUCUCGACAAUGAGUGAGUGACCUUCAGCGUUAAUGCAUGUAAAGUAAUUCAACACGGUUUUGACAAGAACACUAUACUGAGAGAAUCUUAGGGGUGAGGGGGGUUUCAUUUUCACCUUUCAGCCAAUUUAACCUCGGAUUGGUUGUGAUUGCAGCCUUCUCUCAAAUGAUAACUUUCUCAAAAACUGAAAAAUGCCAAGUCUUUAUAUAAACCCCUCUCCCCUCCAGCAGUGUCUAUUCUGAAGCUCUCUGGCAUUGCUGGAAAACAAAACACUAAGAACAGAAACACUACAAGAAAACAAAGGGGACGCAAAGGUUUCAAAUUAUGUUCACUGCCAGUUAAUGCUGGAUUAAACUAUUACUGGUGGGUAAGAAGGACACAUGUAAUAUUCACUUCUUCCCAUGGUGGUGUAUAGUCUCACACCAGCGGAUUGAGUAUUCUGUACACAAGCGAUUCCGAUGUAAUAGACGUGAGAUUAAAGUUCUCCUGGCACUAGCCUCGCUACACCUUGGGGUAAUUCCUAGUUUGCUCAUCGAGUCUGUCAGGAUCUUAAACUGCCAGAUGGGGACCAGAAGUGAGAGAAUCCAGUUUUCCUUUGUUUCCAACCAAAGGUGCUCCCUUGUUAAAACGUGUGUGUGUUUUUUCACGAUUGAUGCCACCUGUUCGAGAGAUCCAAUGGAACAGCAAGUGCUCUGAAGUGUUGUUGUGAACUGGCCUGUAAUCUCUAGUUGUCUUAAUCUCUUAUUCAUGUUAUUUACAACAUACAACACAGUUAGAUUGUAACCUAGUUAUCUUCACUUUAACUUUUAAUUUUAAACAUUUUCUUUGCAAGGUCCAGCUCUGAUUUUUUUGAUUUAUCCCAAUCCUGUACAUUUGAUUUUCAAACUCCCAAUGCGAUUAAUUCUGUAUUUUCUUUGCUCUGAUUUAGAACUGUAACCUACAAUAAGAACGUGGAUGUAUUUAUUGUUCUAGAAUUGCUAAAUGAUGACUUUAGUCCCAGUAUUUGGGUACGUACAACAAGGUGCAGAAUACACCUUGACUCACCACACUCCAAGACAACUCAUGUGGAAAUGAAAAAAGAGCCGGAAGAGGAAAUGAUCAAGUCGUCCAUGGGGAUUGCUUCAGCUUUUGCUGGCCUUUGGAGAAGACUCCUAGUUGAGAGGGAGAAAGAUCAUUCCUUUAAUCGAUAGGGUCCAAUUAGCUUUUAAAAAAAAUAAUCAGUGUUCGAACAGCAUUGUGAUUAUAAUUGUAUCUUGGCUGUUUGAAACCAAAAUUUUUGUUCGCCAUGUGGAAACUGGAUUGUUGUUGUCCCCCUGCACUUACCUUUGGGCACAAUGUCAAUAACAGCACACUUUUAUGCAAGUAAAAUACAAGUUGGAACCUGUGGUAUCCUUUCGCUCCACUCGUCAUCACCUGUAUAUAUAAAUCGGUGCCCCCAGAAAAGCGCCAAGACUGCAUGCAACAGAUUGGGGAGGGGCUAGAAUAGUAACUACAGUAUAGAUCAGUGUAACUGAUUGUGCCAAACAUUAACUGUAACCUGUUAAUUCCUGAAUGGGUGUCUUGUAAUGUUAGCUCGCCUCUGGUCAGAAGUGUCGAUGGCUUUCUGUUCCCCGCUCUGUUGCACGCGGUAUCAAUUAAUUGUUUGGGCCUAGUGUUUGACGGCUGCAGUUUCAUUCAUUGCUUUUUUUUUAAAACACUAUAGAUGUAAAGGAGGGUGUAAGGAUACCAUUGGUUCUAUCUGACAGCGCUGAACAUGAUGGUAUUGAUUUGACAAAACAGUGUGUGAGAAUUUUAAAUGUAAUGGGAUUAGUGCUGUUGUGAGUGAACACAAUUUGCUCUGUGCCAGAUAUAAACUCCUUGAGUGGAGAGCACUUUAACUGGUUGCAUCUCCCUUCUGUUGGCAGUUACAGCUUUCUAAACGUGUGCCUGCAGGACGACAGACAGAUUCCAUGUCAAAGCACAAGUGUUGCUUUACGUACCAAAGGUCAGCAAUGAUCAUUAAAAUAAUCACUAACUUGAGCUGUUCAAAGCUGGUGGGGGAGAGGCGGGGUGUGGUGAAGGUCUUUUUUACGUAUAAUACAGUUUUAACUUGGCAUGUGCAGUGUUUUUGAGCGUGCCCAAAUAAUUUAACUGCCAAAAUAAAAAAAAAUUGAUCUUUCACCAGUUUAGAGAAGAGCUGAUUGAGAAUCGCUGCAGAAGGCCACACAAUGCUGUAUGAAAUCAGGGUAGGAAUCUGUGGUGGGUUAAAGGCACUGAUAAUGUGAACUGGGCACAUGGCUUUAUAUUUUUCAUCACCUCGUAAUCUUAAGCAAUGAGUAUUUCCAGCCAGUUAGUGUUUUGGACCUUUAGUUUUUUGUUGGUGAUUGUAUGGAUUACCUUCCUCUUAACAAUGACCCUAGGUGUGUAAUCAUCUAUAUGCUGAUCAGUAUUUUAAUCAUCAUGUAUUGAAUCGUGACCGACUCCCUCUGCCUUCCUAUUGGCACCAUCUACCAAUCACGGUUUACAAUUCGAAAGUGUUGAAAUGUUGAUGCCUGGGAUUGUUGUGUUUGCAAUUUGUUUAUUCAACGGGAUAAGCAUUAGAAUUCAGGCUUUCGUUCUGGCUUCGAAGAGGAAACAUCUCAAGCCAAACCUGACCCAACUCAGCUCACCUUUUCUGUGCGGCUCAGUGCUACGCCAUGCUCAGCUGAUGCUUGUUUUUUUGUGACCCUGGAAAAAGCUCCCUUUUCUGCAGCUAUAUCUGAAGCUAUGGCAUCCUCUUCUCUUCAUGUAGAUGGUUCUCUAUUCAUUAAAGCUGUUGUAAAUGCUGAACUCUAUUCUUAUUAGCUGGCUGCUGGUGUCUGUGGCUCAGGAUUUGAAUUAAUGGCAAGGCCCCAUCAAAACCAAUUUUGAGAUUCGUGUUUCACUUUAUCAACCAGAGAGCAAGUUUAGCUGCAAGUAGCCACAGCAAGUGAAACCAGGAAAGAAAAUCAUUAGUGGCUUAGAGCUAUGAUGUAGCAUCAUUGGCGCACUGCAAUCUUGGUGGAUAUUCCACUGUAAUGUGCAGCUUUGCUCAGAAUCAUGGACUGUCCUUAAAGUUGGCAAAUAGACAAUGCAAGAAUUUGUUUUAAAAGUCAAAUAUUUUUGCACCCCCUCCUCCCCAAGGUCUAUGCUGACCUCUCAAUAGGAAAGACCACCCCUCCCAGAUUAUAGCCCGCAUCAGUCCAGUUCUGUUUUUUGCUACUGGGAUGUGUGUGAAAGUAACCUGGCCUAUAUCUCACCUGUGGGCUGGCAAAAUAUUGUCCCGGGUUUAAUAUCGAAUGUCUUGAUAAUGAAACUGUUUGGUGAAGACCCUGUACAGAGAAAUUGCACCACAGGCCCAGAUUAAGCUGGUGCGUCAUGCUCACAGAUCAUCCAUUAGAUGCAGCGAUUAGCCUGGUUGUCCAAAUAGAUUUCAUAACAUAACUGCUUAUUAGAUGUUUACAUUCCCAAGGGAUUAAAAUACGGUGUCUGCUUUAACUGCUUGCUCUUUAAACUGUCUGUAGGAUCAGUGACUGAUCUGCUCAGCUCAGCACACGAAACUCGAGGCAAGUGAGAUGUAGACCUGUCUUUCUAGUCAAUAAACGGUUAAAAGAUUAAUUAUCACUAAUUCUCACCUCGAACUGUGCUAAUUCAGCUAAGUGUUUUUUUUUAAAUGACAUCAGUCUGGAAUAUUGUCACUGUGCAAUGCACAGUUUAAAGACACACAACAGAUGCAUGUGUGACUGAUGGAAUUUCAUUGCUGAGCUUUCUUUGCUGGUGAUCCAGUGUCACUUCUGCCACACACUUAGCCAUUUAGUGGGUCAUUGGUUGGGUUUCAUUACUGUUCAGAAGAGAAAACUUCUCUUUGAGUUGGUUUGGAAAUACUUUUUACGUAAAGUUGAGUUCCUGCCAUUCAGUGAGUUGUGUAAACACUUUAGUUUAGAGCUUGUAUUUGCCUAACUAAUAUUGAACAGGGAGGGAGAUGAGAAGAAUAAUCACGUAUGUUAAAAAGAAAAACGAGAAAUUGGGCAGGAAGGAAUAGAGAUGAUUUGAACCAUUGAAAUCCUGCUCCCUGGCAUUGCUCAGCUUACCCAGAUCAAACGAUACUGACAGUAUUUGAAAGUGUGUAGUCUGUGUAAAAGAAAAGUAUCAAUCCCAAAUCUAUGCAAACACAGAUACCGGGCAUGAUUUUGUGUUAACAGCAGCCUCUUCUGAUCAUAUUUGAAGGGAAUCCUGUUGAUAUCCCAACUUGAUUGACACUUGAAGAAUUAAUGACCUUUAAUUGGUGCCAAUCGAGUAUUGUAUUCGAGCAUUAUGUGAAUUCUAGAGAUGAUUAAAGUAGAUGUGGAAGUCUGGGCUUGUUCUCAGUGUGAUGACACUACACUGUGCAAAAACACUAAACACACAAGCAAGCCCCAGCUUGCUCCAAUUAAGCUUUUUGUAAUUUUUUCAACCACUACCGUGUGAUUUGCACAGCUAAUAAACGGAACAAUUUCAAGUAGUUUGCCAUGUGUAUUAUUUUGUUGUGACAUUAUCAGUGGUUCUUGUGGAGAUUACUGGCUAGUUUCUAUUUCUGACUUAUUAAUUUUUUUAAUGUAUUCCAAUCAUUUUGUCGCAGUUUUUACUGUACUCGGCACUUCUGUACACGGCACUGACAGCUGACUGCUGUCCAUAUAUUUCUGUAAUGCACAUAAAUAAUCAUUCUGUUUAUCGGAUAGUUUACCUGAAAAGCAAAGUCUUAAAUCGGAUUCUGAAACACUACUUUGACCAGAUACAGUUCAUGUGUACUGUUGUGUUCUGAAGGUAGACGGCACAGACUUUUAAUCUAUAGUUCUCAUGCUUUUUUUUUGCAAUGUUUUUUACAAUCUUGAAAAGACGAGUUAGCGAUCUCCAGGUCCACAGCGACACGAACACUGUUGAGCAGCAACUGAAAAAGUGCAGCAUCAGAUGACUUUGUAAUAGGAGGUGGGAUUAGAAAAGCAUAAUGCAUCUGCCUCGGUGGCUCAGUAGUAGAGUGCAUUCGCACACUGUGCUUUUCAGCCAGGAACAUCCCAGCUUUAUGGUAGGUUAGCUGAUGUCAGCCAUUGUGGUAGUACAAUUGGCCUGAGAAUCGGAGUGGGGAUGGGUAGGAAUCAAAUAAAAAUGCUGCUCCUUUAUUACUCUCCGGGCACGUCUGUUCGAUGCUAGUGUAGACAUGACCGGAUUCAGCUUUGACGUCGGCUACAGUUGAACCUCCAGCCAAUGCCGUCUAAUAGAGAUUCCCUUGUGUCUACGGACUCGUCCCAGCGCAAUUGGCGUUUUUAGAAGCAAAUUGGGGAUUAUAAUCUGACGUGAGGAAUCCGGGGCAAGGUCGCUGGAGUUCCGAAAAUCACGUCCCUGUAGCAGUAGCUCCUUGUAUCAAGAUCUUGUGAUGUCCCCUUUUUUUUCUCUCUGUUGUAUCAAUAGCUGUUGAUACAGUGGAAUCCUGAUUUCCUGUUUUGAUGGCCACACUCUGGAAUGGGGGUGAUUCCAAAAUACAAUGCGUUUGCUGCUGCUGACUCGGUCUUUUGCGCUGGCUGUGAUUAGCUCUUACCGUAAAGCUUUGACGCCCAUCUACACCAAAUGCACUUCAGUCCUGGAUCGGCGAAGAGCUUUGGGUACCAGAAGUCACUCACUGCACUGAAUAAUUUCCCAUUGAUUGGUCUGGACGGUGUACUAGGUGCAAUGGGAGUGUAGAGAAUACCUCCAGCAGCAGAACAAGGUCGCUCCUUCCAGUACCCAGUGUCCAUAUCCCGGACUGUCCCAACGCCUUUGGGCAUCCUCCCGACGUGAAAGGCGCUGUGUAAAUGCAAUUUAUUGUAGCUGAGAGUGGUGGGUGGGGGCCCAUUUCCUCAUGCUGCAGUUGACUGGCUGCUAGGAGAAAGCCCCAAUGACUUGAUCACUUCUCUCCCUCCCUCGAUCUCCCACCACCUCCCAGCAGAAGCUUCCUUCGGAUCGCAAGCUCGGCAGUAGGGGAUUAGAACUUGUGUGGCUUUGCACAGCGUUGCCCUCUAUUUGAUUCGGUAUUUGAAAUUUCUCUUACUUGCCGCCCUACCAGUGAAUGAAUGGCCGACCGCAUCGAUGCGUAUUGGUUGAAUCCGAAGUUUGGUUGCUUGCUUGCACGUGGAUUGCUCAGAAUCAACUUUCACGCACGUUCUUUGAAAUGAAUCUGCGAAUUUGUCUCAGUGAAAAUCGAAAACUGACCAGACAGGGGAAGGUUCGGGGGCUGUGGGGGCGCGGGGCAGGGUUGAUGAUUACAAAGGAGAGGGGUGGGGUGGGUUAAAGAGAAGAGAAAAAACAUUCCGACCUAUAUCUAAAAUAGCCCUUUGCGCACAAAGUUCUCUGCCAAGUGUCUUGGCCCAUGUGACGGGUUGAGAAGAAAUUGCAUUAGCAAUAUUGUCUGUUCCCCAGGGAACUCACGGCACUAUUGUCAGCAGAAGAAAGGAGGAAAUCCAGCACUCACGUGGACAAAAACAAGCUGAAUUUCUCUGCAAUGCAGCAGUUUGUGGUCAGAACACUUGGCAGAGAUUUGAAUGUGAGGAAAAUACUGAGAUCUAUCAUUUGGCGCAAGGGUAGGGACAGCUUUGUGGGAUAAUGUCUUGAGUAUUGCACAAGCGAUCUGUCCAUAUCUCGACAGCUUGCUUGUAAAGUGCUCAGGUUGGAAAAGGUUUAAGUUUCGUGACUAUGAGAAAGAUCUCGGUGUUCGCACACUGCUGAAACAUUUAUGGGUCAACUUAAUGUUGCAGGAUCUGCUCCUGUGUGCCACUCAGUCUCAAUAAUAUUAAAAUCCAAUUUGUUCUCAGUACUUCGAUGCAAACAAAGAUUUCUUCAAUUUUAUCGCAUUUUUUAAGAAAAAUUAUGCCUUUUUUCCAUAAAGAAUCACAGUGAACAUACAGUAAAAUCAAAAUGAAGCUGGUGAUUUAGUCUUGUUCUGUAAAGGGCUUAAAAUCAGAAGACUGGUUGCAACUUUUGACACUAAAUUUAAAUGAUACGGUACUUUCCGAAUAGAGUGCGAGCAUGGAUAUGAUGCUUCAGUUUGAUGGGGGUACAGAAAUCAGCUGCUACUAAAUAAUGUGUUAACAAGACCAUUCUUCUGGAUGGCCUUGCUGGUGUCUCAUUUCUGUUUCUGUGUCGUUAAAAGUAAUCGUGAGCCUGAAAAAGUCCGUCUUUGUUUUUGGGACGUAACCUUGCACUUUCAAACUGAGCACAGCCACUAACGGUUCUGGGUGUUCAACAAGUGUACGCUUUUCCAUCCCUACACUUAACAUUCCUCUACCCCAUCCCUACGCUUAAACAUUCCUCUACCCCAAGCCACUCUGAAUUCCUGAAAACAGUGAACAUUCCUAUUUCUCGGGAAGGGGAAUGAAUGUCUAGCUUUGUGGGCAAGGAAUACUGCAAGGGGGUAAGGACCACAGACGAGGAAGGUACCCGAUUCAAUCCCGGGGAUCAGGAGGGUCUCUACAAUGGAGCUUGGUGCCUCUACAGAGAGGAGGGAGAAACCAAAGGGGAGCUUGCUCCUGUUCACUGCUGGAAAAUGUUUGUGAAUGGAGCUGGGAUGAUGCCAGGCUGUGGUACCCUUCGUGUCUGUUUGAAUAGCUAGCCGACACUCACUGUCCAGCAACCUCACUCACCGAGGAUAGCUACAGCCAGAGGUUAGUGGAGGGCCUGGGCUCCAGCAGUGCCUUCGUGAGAGGAGGGAGGAAGAUUGAACAGGGGAAAAAAAACUAUUUGGUUUUGUUUUUCUUUUAUAAAGGGAAGGUUGAACCCGUGACUUUUAACAUCCGUCUCCCUCACAGUAAAUGCAAGUCACUAUUCAAGAGGCUAUUUUUGUAAUUGUAUCGUGUCCUGUUCGUGUGCUGACGGAGGAGUGAAAUCAGGAUUAUUAUUGUGGAAGUAUGAAUCCAUUGUGUUAAUAUGAAGAGAUGUGCCAUCUAUAAUACUAUAUCCUCCACGAUGAUUGAAAUCCACCUUUUAUUUUCUGUAGCAUGUAGUGUAAUGUAUGUUUAUAAUAUACCUAGCCAAUAAAAUCACCUGGGAAAUGA